AUGGGUUCAAUAAGAACAGAAAGUAGAUCAACAAACACAACUUUUCCCCUCCCUCUUUUCUGCCCAAAAAGUUGUGGGAAUAUCAGCUUCGAGUAUCCUUUCGGCAUCGGCGAUGGCUGUUUCCGGACAGGCUUUAAUCUUACCUGCAGAAACCAUUCCACCAGCGCUCCCAGGCUUUUCCUGGGUGAUGGCACCAUCGAGGUAACCAGAAUUGAUGUGAACCAGGGGUUGGUAUACAUCAAGCCACCAACUAUCGUCAUGGGUGUCGACGAUGAGUUUAAACGCGCCACAUUGAUUGAUCUAGAGAAUUGGCCUUACUCUUUGUACUUGGAGGAACAGAUGACACGUGAUUCUUAUGAAGAAUUGACGUCUAACCAAUUUUUUGUUGUGGGUUGUAGCGCUAUGGGCAGUCUAGUGGAUCUUACCAUCAAUAAAACCAUUAGCACUUGUUUUAGUCUCUGUGCUGCCAGUGAUCGGAGUCAAUAUUCAGAGUGGUCCGACGUUAACAGUGGAUAUUGCAGAUUGGAUCUAACUUUUGAGAAUACAACUGCCUUGGAGAUUCAGCUAACUAGACUCAAUCAAACCGAGUUACACUUAGUGAAUACCUCCAGCAUCAAGAUCAUCAUAUUCAAUUGGAAUGGUUAUGAUGAUUAUGAUCUCGAAGGAGUAUUAAACGGAAGUAGAACGAAUGUGGAGGCCACCCUGACAUGGUACAUGAAUGAUCAUCUUUCAUGUGAAGAGGCCAACAAUACAAAUUCAUACGCUUGCCUCAGUCAAAAUAGUCUUUGCUAUGAUGCUGUUUAUGAUACGUUCCCCUCGAGUAAUAGCAUUGGAUAUUUGUGUCGUUGUUCCGCGAGUUAUCAUGGCAAUCCCUAUGUACCUGGUGGCUGUCAAGAUAAAUCUUUUACACCUGCUGUUGCUGCAAACGGCUGUCUUACUAAAUGCGGGAGUAUUGACGUCUUCUUCCCAUUUGGGCUGGAGAAGGGCUGCUACAGGGACGACUCAUUUGCUCUGACAUGCAAUACCACAUCCAAUCCUCCUACUCUCCAUUUAGAAGACUAUUUCACAGUGACUAAUAUAUCGCUGGAGGAAGGCCAAUUGGAAAUCGAGGAAAAGUACGGUUCCAUCUACAUGGGAAAUAGAACUGGAACUUUCGUCGUUCUUAAACAGCAGACCAUCGUUAGUUGGGUGAUCGAGUUGCAGCUUUGCGAGGAUGCUAAGAAGAACACGACCACCUUCGCAUGCGUCGACCAACAUAGCUCAUGUCUGAACACAACAAUCACUAACGACGAUGCCGGGUUGCAGGGAUACCGUUGUAAAUGCUCAGAAGGUUACCAAGGAAAUCCUUACGUUCGUAAUGGAUGCAAAGACAUCAAUGAGUGCAACUCUCCCGAGAAAUAUCUUUGCUAUGGGAUUUGUACUAAUACGGAUGGCGGAUAUACUUGCACUUGUGCAGCGGGCACAUAUGGUGAUCCUAAACUUGCACCCUGCAUUCCUAACAAAACGCAUACUCUUCUGUUAGGUGUCAUCAUUGGUGUAAGCAACGGCAUAGGCCUAUUACUCUUAUGUUCGAGUCUCCUCAUUCUGAGAAGGAAAUGGAAAAAAAAGAAACAAAAGAAAAUUAGAGAAAAAUACUUCCAUCAAAACCAUGGUUUACUACUACAACAGUUAAUCUCAUCUAGUGAAGAUAUUAGUGAGAGAACAAAAAUAUUUUCUCUGGAAGAGAUGGAGAAGGCAACUAAUAAUUUUGAUGAGACUCGAAUACUUGGUCGUGGCGGACAUGGAACGGUUUACAAAGGAAUUUUGUCAGAUCAACGUGUAGUCGCAGUCAAAAAAUCUAAAUAUGUGAAACAGAGUGAGAUAGACCAGUUCAUCAAUGAGGUUGCAGUUCUUUCUCAGAUUAAUCACAGGAAUAUUGUGAAGCUUUUCGGGUGUUGCUUGGAAACUGAAGUUCCCUUAUUGAUCUAUGAGUUUAUCCCGAAUGGGACUCUUUUAGAUCAUCUCCAUAUUCCAGACAGUAACUCUAUAUUAUCAUGGGAUGAUCGCCUGAGGAUUGCUAUUGAGGCUGCCGGAGCGCUCGCUUAUUUACAUUCGGCUGCUUCAAUUUCGAUAUUUCAUAGAGAUAUUAAAUCAUCAAAUGUUCUCUUAGAUGAUCAUUUAACUGCAAAAAUAUCAGAUUUUGGAUCUUCAAGACUUAUUCCACUCGACCAAACUCAUUUAGUCACUGGUGUACAAGGCACCUUUGGAUACCUUGACCCGGAGUACUAUCAUACCAGUCAGUUGACCGAGAAGAGUGAUGUUUAUAGCUUUGGAGUCAUUCUUCUAGAACUUUUAACAGGUAAAAAGCCAAUCUUCUCCACUGAAUGUGAGGACAGACUAAAUCUAUCUGGAGAAAACAUGAAUCUGUCCAUGCAUUUUCUCCAAGCAGUAAGAGACGAUCGCCUCAUAGAAUUUCUUGAAGCUCGUAUUGUGAAAGAAGGGAUGGAAGAAGGGCUUCACGAAGUGAUCCAACUUGCACAGAUGUGUCUCCAACUAAAAGGAAAUGAUCGGCCCACGAUGAAAGAAGUAGAGUUUAGGUUGCAGAGCUUGAGAAGGAUGAAGAAGCAGAGAAGGAAUAAUUGGACUGAUAAAGGUCACGGAGAGUCCGAAUGCCUAAAUGCAGUUUCUACUUUUCUUGGAAAAAAUAUUUACAGUAAUUCGGAUAAUAGGGCAAUUCAAGAAGCGUCAAGAAAUUAUAGCUUGGAGAAAGAGAUGAUGUCGUCACUAAAUUACUCACGGUAA